GCGCGGUAUUAUCGCAUGCGGCGGUAGGGAAGAUCCGAUUCCGCUCGCACGACCGACCGUUGAUGGGAAGUCCAUAGUGACGAUGGAAGCCAUGAAUGAGUUACUCCCGUGCCUCGAGCAGAAAAUCGCUGACGGCCACAGUAUGGUCGAGCGGCUGAGACUCAUGGACAAGAUCGACGGGAUCGACAAACUGAUUCGGAAGAUCCAACAAGAAAUAAAAUUUUUGGAGAAAGUACAUUGUACAGGAAAUGUAAAAAAGGAACAUUUACAAAGCACAAAUCUGAUUCAUCUCAAUGCUAUGGUGGCUCGAUUAUCUUGCUCAAAGGAUCCUGUCAGUGUAAUAAAACCCUUCAAGUAUCAGAAAUCACGUUUGGAGGUUGAUAUAGUAUGUAACAAUGGUGCUUCUUGGGUGAAAGUUAUAGCGAGAAACGCGAGAGCAUUAACUCUGAUAUCUCUUGGUAAUGGAGAAUACGGACAGAAGUCUGUUUUGGAUCAAGCUAAUUCUUAUCUGAUGUGUAGCAAAUGCCAUUUGCACCACUAUAGGCCACCCGAUGUUAUAUUUCACUUUGCCUAUGGCAUAGAGAUUCCUCUAGCCAUACGUUUGGAGCAAAUGGGCAUUAAAGUCGAAGGAGAACGGAUAGAUGCGGACAAUGAGAUUUUGAGUAGUCAGCACGAUAUAUCUGAACACGAUGAACUGGAUAUUUCCGAAGAAUGUGAAAAGGAUUUGGAUGUGGAUCUGCAAUCAUUAAAUACAUCUGCACUCUCGACUGAAAUCAAGCUCCUUAAUCUGGAUGUGUCGACCUUGCUGGCUUAUGUUACAAAUAUGGCAAAUGGAUAUAAUAAUUAUAUUUAUCGAGAGCCACUACUCACGCAGCAAGCCGAGAUGGAAAGAAAAUGCCCUAUAAAACCAAUUCUAGAUGAUUUGUUUCAAGACAAAGAAGUUAUUGUUUGCCAGACGGCGUAUAACAAUUUUAUGAGUAUCAUUGAUGUCAUCGGUGGCCCGAACGAGACAUUGCGGGCACAUGAAUUGUUGAAGAAAGUCCGGAUUGUUGACGAUGUAACCACUGGGCGAGUUAUGGAACUGCGCUUAGGCGGUAGAAUUAAAGAUCGGUCGCGAUUAGUUUUUGCAACAGGUGAGAAUAUGAAAAGUAUCACUGUCUCCGCUAAUGAAGGAUUCGUGAGAGCGGCACGUAUGCAGGGCAUUGAGUGUACAGUUUUCCUACACGAACCAAGAUCUCUAUCAGAAAUUAAAGAAGGUAAUGCCACAAUGAGUAUAGAACCAUCUUGAUAUUAUUUAGGAUAUUUAUUUAGACAAUUACAAAGAAAACAUACACUGGCAUAUGAAACAUUAGACAUAUUUAGGCUCCUAAUUUAUUAUACCAGUUUACAUUUAAAACAAUGCAUUAAAAUGACAUUUGCUAUUAUCCUCUUGGAAAAGGUUAUUAUACUUCAUUGAUUACUUGAGUAUUGAAUUUGUUAAACUCAAUUUCUAUAUUUUCUUCAAAUUCUGCAAAAGAUAUAAAAUAAAUGAUUAUUAUAUGAAUCAAUA